AUGCUGCCAUCAUACUAUCCUUACCUCUCACAAUAUUCCCUUGUGACCGUUUUAUCUGGCAUUAUCAUUCACAUGAUAUGGCUAGUCACUACUGCUCAUCUUAAUGAUUCCACAGCUGAUAACCAUUCCUUUUCUUUAUUUUGUUUCAUAAUUUGGUUUAUUUGGAAGACUCGCAAUGCUGCUGUUUUUCGUCAAGAAAUCAUUAAUGCAGAAGAUAUUAUGACUUUAGCUUAUAAAGCCUAUGAUGAAUUCCUCUCUUUUCCUCAGAAUUCCAAUACCAAUGUUCCCUCUUCCUCGCCUACCACUCAUAUGCCUGUUCCUGCUUAUAUGUAUAGCUCAGAUUAUAUCAAAAUUAACGUGGAUGCUGCUACAGAUCAAACUCAUAGGUCUAUUUGGGAUCCGGGCAUCUUGAAAUUCUUGGCAGUUAGAGAAGCUUUGAACUGGGCUAUUGCAUGUAAAUGGCAUUCAGUUUUGACAGAGGGUGAUGCUCUACAGAUCAUUCAAUCACUCAAUUCUCAUGAUAUCCACAUUGCUAGUGUUUGGGGGAUAUGUAGUGAUAUUUGGCAUCUCCAAUCAUCUUUUAUUUCUUGUAACUUUGUUCAUAUUUCCAGAGUUUUUAAUCUUUUGGCUCAUAAGUUAGCAAAUUUUUGUAAGCUAUCUUUGACCCCUGUGUAG